CACGGGGCUUUUUCUGCACAGAUGUGGGAAUAUAUAGAUCGGGUCGCCCCACCUCCUCGCUUGUCGUUUCGCACACAUCGACGGCGCCGGUUCAUGAUGAAGAAGAGCAGCCGGCCGCGCGUGGACCUUCGCAUCGUCGUGGACGAGGCGCCGGAUGUGGCGGAGAGCGUGCCAUUGUUGGCGGAGGGUGGCACCAACGACAACGACGGCGCAGAGGAUGCGUGGUGGCUAUACGGCUAUUGCUUACCACCACCAGGACAUCUUGGCGCACACUCUGUUCCCGUGACUGCGUCCAAAGACCGACGACUCGAUGUGUUCACGUCGCCGACGCAGGAGGCCAUACCGACACCUGCUCGCUCUUGCUUUGGCCACGUUGGUGAUGGGGAUGCAUCCAUCGACACAACGGCUGACGCGGUGCAAACGAACGUGUCUUUCGCAGAUCCAUUCGUGCCCAAGUUGGCUUCCCUCGAUCGUCGACGUGGGGCUGUGUUGCUGCCGUCCCUGUCCAGUCUCAUUUCCAUCUCGCCACCCACGGUCAAGCGCUCCAGCGCCGACGCUUCCCUGGACUACUUGCACGAGGCCAGUCGCCACGUGAAACAGUUUAAGCUCAUGUAAACUAGCUCUGUCUUGUC